AUGACUUCCCUAACAUCACAAUGGGCAUGGUCUCUUUUUGAGCCGACUUUGAUGCUAAAGUCAGCCAUAUAUCACUAUUUGAAAACGGUCUUCUCCGCCGUAGUGAAGGGAGAUAUACCCAUGUCCGCGAGCCAAUGGCAGAAGAUACGCGGAACGGCAUUUUCCUCUCUUUGGCUUGAGUUUUCUGCUCCCAAGCCUCCUGGCACACCUCCAUCUCUCUCAGCGGGUCUGAUUCCCCCAAUACUUGCCCAAGCAACGGGCAUCGUCUUGGAGGUUGGACCCGGAAGUGGCUCGCAAAUGUCAUCUCUAAAGGGGCCCCAAAUCACCAAGAUAUAUGGUGCCGAGCCAUGCAUCGAGCUUCAUGAGAAGCUCCAGUCACAAGCAAAUGACCAAAAUCUGCAUGAACGGUAUCAAAUUCUCGCUGCGGGCGCAAGCACCGAUCAAUUAGUCAAGGAGCUUCUCCGCGGUGGAUUUAUUACCUCCUGGGAAGAAGGCGACACUCUUUUUGACACCAUCAUUUGCGUUCGAGCUCUAUGCAGCAUUUCGGAUCCACAGACCGCUGCAUCCGAGCUCUAUAAACUUUUGCGGCCAGGAGGACGUAUGCUGAUUUGCGAACACGUCGCCAACCCAUGGACAAAGCCCAAGGGAAGUAUUGUGGCCCGAAUCUUUCAGCAAUUAUACAUGAUAUGUGGUUGGGCGUUUUUCAUUGGUGAUUGUCGAUUGAACCAGGAUACAGCUCAAAUUUUGGUGAAGGCCGCACAGGGGGAUGGCGGGUGGGCCGAGAACAAUUUGGAGAUGGCUGCGUCAUUUUCGACUUUCCCAUACUUGCAUGGCGUGCUUGUCAAGAGAAGCUGA